GAGAAUAGUCUCGAUAUCGACCAUUUCUUGCAUGAACCAUAGACAAUGGAUGGGCGGAUCUUGGGAAGCCUUGUCGCGUGACUCUCUCCUCUUCUUGGGGGUCUGCUUUCACACUUCAUGAACGGUGGGUGGACUGUCAAUUUCCGUUCAGGAAUGACCCGCAACACGCCACAGGGCAUGUGGCUCGUGGCAACACUUUGCUUCCUUGGCAUCGGCCUGCAGUGUUCGGCACAACAAAACUAUCCGGACAUUAAGGCCAUGCUUGCCAAAUCAUAUCAGACUAACGUCGAAUUCACCAAGCAGCCACAGAACAUCUCGGAGUUCACCACAGAGUUUCACAGCAGGGAAGACCAGACGGGCUACUUCGAGAUUCUCAUCUCUGGAAUGAUCAAUUACGUGUACUACUAUGGUGAGACCAACGAGGAGGUCACCAUAAUCAAUAAUGUCUGUGAUGUGCAGCCGCUCACACCCGACGCCAUCAAAGACGGCACUGUAUACACCGGCAGCUCGUCCAUUCUCUACACUUUGCCCAGCGAAAAGAUGGAGUAUAAGGCCGAGACUACCGUCCGAGGCAUCAAGGUUUCUCAGUUCAGCUACAAAGACGACAAAGACAACACAUACGACGUGUACUUCAGGGCUGCCGACUGGGUGGCUGACGACAACACCACGGCACAGGUGCCAGUGCGGGUGACAAACACUUCAGCCAAAGGGGUGCAGAUGUACGACUUCUACAACUUCAAGCCCUACACCAAGCGCUUUGGCGACAUGGCCCUGAAAACUGGCAUCGGCUGCAAGGGCAAGCAGAACCCCAAAGGAAAGUCACCCCCGACCCUGCCCAAUCAGAUCUCGUUCCAGUACGAGAUCUACAACCUCAAGAAGGUUGGCGGAAAACCAGAGGACGCCCUCGAACUCAACAAGAUUUGGUUCGAUGCCACCAACAAGGUUGCCAAGGUGGAGCUCAACAUGAGGAACGUGCAAGGAGUCACGGAGAUCCACGACUUCAACUCUGGCGUCAUGUACAAGCUCAGCAAGGAUGACAGCUGCACGAUCCAGCAUGUGUCAGAGUCUGAGUUCUCCGUCUCCAUGGCCGAGCAAGGAGUGGUGGGCAUGAGGAGCCCGGCCCAGCUGCUGGCCUUGACGGGCGAUUUUUACUACGCCGGGCAGACCGUAAUGCGAGGUGUGGCCUGCGACAUUUGGGAAUCCGUCCAAGAAAACGUGCACCGAAGUGGUCUGUUACUCAACCGUGUUGUAACCACUUUCUACAUCACCACGCUCAAGUGGCAUGCAACGAGCUACGGAGAAGACGAGACAUUUGUGCCCGUCUACAGGACGAUGGCAGGUGCCACGAAUGACAUAUACAGUACCGGAGUGUGGUCCCCCGAUUUCUACCUGGCUGUCAGUUAUUUCGACUUUACUGAGGAAAAGACAUACAACCAAGGCUUCCUGAUGAAUAUGGACAUCAGCGACUGCUUUGUCAGCAAGACAUACUUCGAAAUGUUUCUGAUGACUGACCAGGAGGUGUCGGGAACAGACAUCUGGAAGAGUUACACCCAGCUGUCAGAAACCCUCUGGGAAAAAAUGUACACAGCUGCCGAGAUCUCUCCGCUGCGAAUCCCACGACUCCAGGUUGGUCUCAUCGAUAAUGCUACACUCCAUGUUGUGGGCCUCCUUCUUCCCGAGCAAGCCGCCAUCACGAGGUUUGUGGAGCUCAAAUCGGCGGGUUCCGUGUUCCCCGGAAGCAGUAUGAAACAUCUCGUCAAGAUGCCCUCGCAAGAGGAAUGUGCCCAGGAGUGCUUCAACGACCAAAUGUGUCUGACUUUCCUCUACUGCGACCAUGAGUGCUACAUGGCCCCAACAACCUUGAGGCUAUUCUGGGGAAAGCCCGUCACUGUGUAUGGCUGCCAGCAGUACUACAAGUCCGAAGCCAACAUGUCGCUGCCUUACAAAGAAAUCUCCGCUGUGCUCGACAGUAUUCAAGCCGAAGUCAAGAAGGGGCUUGAAGUCAAAGUCGACGGCGAAACAGGGACUAAAAUCACCUACAAAGCCGUCAAGUUCAACACGGAUGCCAGUCCUUUCAACGAGCGCAGCAAAGCGGCUCUCUACGAACUGGCCCUGCCCCAGAAGACGCUGUCCCUCAAGAAGGAGACCACCAUGAAGGCAGUGCCCCUCUUCACCAGCACCGAGAUCUCGUCGGUGCAGCAGUGCUACCGCAACUGCAUCACCGAGAGCGGCACCCAGUGUACAUCCUUCUCCUACUGCCCCACGACCAAGGAGUGCCGCCUGUCUUCCGCGUACGUCAUGGACGACGACGACCCCGAGAACGUGGAGAUCGAUUCCCGCUGCAACGUCUACAUCAGAUCUUACAUGCAGUUCUUCGACAAGUUUCCCGGCAGCGUAAGCCGCGUUGGUGGCGACGAGAGCAAGUCGGGUGUCAAGACUGCAGCCGAGUGUGCCAAGACCUGCAAGCACCACCCUCUGAUCCGGUGCCGUGGCUUCGAGUACUGCCCGGGCAGCAAGAGCUGCGUCCUGCACACCAAGCACUUCCUGGACUUGGACCCGCACGACAUCGUCAACAACACCGACGCCUGUUCCCACUACGCCCUGAAGUUCUCGGCCGACUACACGGAAGGAGCGAGGAAGGAGCUUGUGGACCCCAACUCCCGGACCAUCGACCUGAUCAGCCUGGAGGAGUGCGCCAAGGCCUGCUCAACAGACCCCAGCGAGACCUGCCAGUCCUUCAACUUCUGCCCCGGCAAUGACGGGCCCGACCGCAAGUGCGUCCUCAACACCCUGACCGUCCUCGACAGGGGAGCAGACUUCAGGGACAGCUCCGCCUGCUUCUUCUACUACCAGCAAGACCACGUCACAAACUUCAUCCACCAUAACAAGUACCUACGAAGCACAACCCCCAUCAGCGGAUACACAUCACACGGACUGGCGGGGCUCCUGAUUGGAAUGCUCAUCUUCGGCCUUGUCCUCGGAGCCCUCGGGUUCGCUGCGUUCACCUACUACAAGGCCAGAAAGGCCGGCGACAACGCCGGCACCGUGCACUUCAUGCGCCACCAGAACGACGAGGCCAGUUAAGACGGGCGCUGUGCAAAACGGGAGGGUGCGGGACAUUGUGUGCCUUCUGUGGCGCGGAACGACGGAAUCUCCCGGGAAGGCGCGGUACGGUGGUCGCCGUUUCACUUAGAGCCACUCAAUAAGCUGUUCUUCGGAGUGACGGCACUUCGGCCGUCUCAGUGAUCAAUACCACAGUUGCCAGUAAUCUUAUGCUUCAUCUGAAGCCACAGGAAACGGUUUUCCAUCCCCUAGAAACGUUAGAACUGUCUGUGACGGAGCAACAUCGCCAACUGCGCCCACUUUGCACUAAGCACCGAAGUGGCGGCGCCGACAAGGAAAUCGGGGAAUGUAAUGCCGACACCCUAAACGUAGCCAAUUCAGCAGCUUUGGUUUCUCUCAGAUACUUGGUAACUUUGCACUCUUGGCGAAAUGCCAGCCACUGUUUCGAGCUUUUGCAGGGCAUUCCUUGCCGGCUUCACGGUUCAUUUUAGCCCGCAAGCACAAGUUUUGAGGCCUUCCGUAUUCUUAUUUUUUUUUUCUAAGGAAGUUUUGAUUGUCUCUUGUCGAUGAAAGUGUACAUGGAACUGCGUGCAAGAAGGGUCGAGAGCUUCUUUUCCCAUGUCUGUGCAUCGUACGGGCCAUAUGAAACAGGGUGCAUUGUGCCCUCGUAGUGACGAGCAGGGGGAUCAACGCCUCGGCCAGUAUUUAUUGUUACCGUGUCUCCGAAGGUCAGCAAAGUGAUUAGCGACCUACCGUUGCCGGCAACUUUCUGACCGGGCGCGCAGCUUUGGCACGGAUCUCACAUUGUUGAAGGGGGCUAUGAAAAAUAAAUCAGUCGUGAUCCCGUUA